UUGGUCGGUUGGUUGGGUUUUUGUUUAUGGUACAAUACAAAGAAAGACUUUGUAAAAUAAAAAUGUUUUGUUUUGUUUCCUAGAAAUUAUUUAUUUGUAAACCAAUAAGAUUCAAUAACUUUGCAAGAGCGUGGUUAACAAUGGUCGCGAAAUUAAGUAAAUGCAUUUUAAAAAAUAUAUUAAAUAACCUAUAUGUUACAAUAUGAAUUCCCAAGUUUGUGUGAAUUGUUAUAACAAAAAAACUGUGAAUCAGACAGAUAACCGUCUGGUGACGGAGAGUUGUGGUCAUGUGAAGUGUAUGGACUGCCUGCUCCACGAGAAAUUCGGUUGUGAAGCGUGCAAGAGAAAUGGAUGUGAGGAAGAGGUGUUGGUCUCCAAGCCAGAGUCGGAUGCAGGCGAAAAAAGUAAGACAUACACAGUCACUGUCGAAUACGAAGAGGUCCCCCGAGAUGAACAGGAGCUUUUAAAAAAGAAGAAGCUGGAUAUCAGUCAUAUAAAAGCAGAAGAAAAUGGUGGCAAGACCACUUAUCUAUGCACUGUGUGCAAGAAAAAUUUCACAUCUCGAAGCCAAGUAUCAUACCACGCUUACUGCAAUGGACAGAAGAAGCCCUACCACUGCCAAACUUGCAAACAGAGCUUUGCCUCACAGUCCCAUUACAAGUACCAUUUAAGAACACAUACCCAGGAGCGCCCAUUUUCUUGUGAAGUCUGCGGCCAAAACUUCUACGAUCUGUCAAAGCUAAAGAGGCACACGCUUAAACAUACCAAAGAAAAGAAGUACUCGUGCAAGGAGUGCAGCAAGUCGUUCAACAGCCUGUCGGCGGUGCGCAAGCACACGCUCACGCACACGGACGAGCGGCCCUUCGCCUGCGCCACGUGCGCCCGCCGCUUCCGGGACAGCUCCAACUACAAGAAGCAUGUCCACAAACAUAAGAGGCUGUGCCAGAAGUGCGGCGAGGAGCUGCCGGUGGGCAAGGGCGCGGAGAAGCAGCACCAAUGCUCGCCCGGGGCGACGGGGCCCCGCCCGCACCCCUGCCCCCGGUGCCGGAAAUCGUUCCACUCCAAGAAAGAUAUGCGCAGACAUGCCGCUAUACACUCAGAUUCCAAACCAUACCGCUGCAAAUUAUGUCCCGAAGACCGUUGCUUCAGACGAAAAGACAAUUUGGAGAGGCACGUGAGAAAUGCUCAUCCCGAUUGCUCCCCGUCCUCUGCAUACGAAUGCGAUCUUACCGCGCUGCAGAGCUUAACAGAAGCUGGUGCUGACACUUACGAGAAAAGCGAGAAAACCAAACUAGAAAUACUCAACCCCCUCCCACCUUUACCACAAGAAGUCAUCAACAAACACAUAGAAGAAGCAAACAACAAAGAAUCAAACGUCAACACAAGUGUCACAGAAGUGAAGCACAAUGAAGUCAGUAAAACCAGUGAGUGUGUAGUGGACAAAAAGUCGAUAAUCGAAGCGAACAAUGCUCGCGAGAGUGUCAUAGUCGAGAAACGUCCAUCAGAUUGUGAAAAAAAAGUGCCAAGCCCUGAGAACGAGUAUGUUCACAAAAUUCGUAAAGCAAUAAUACCUCUACCUCCCAUAGAUCAAGAGAAGUUCAGAAGUGUCCAAAGAGGACAUCUGCCCGAUAGUGGUACUGUCAAGCCUAUAACAAAUAUGGACAUUUACAAGAAGAUUUUGUUUGAGAAGGUGGAAAAAGACACGACUGAGGUGAUACAGAAUCCCAAGAUGCAUUGGAGGAGGAAAAUGGAGCAGGAUAUUAAUUAGUGUGUAUCUAUCAAUAUAGAUGAUCAAGUAUGCAAAGAAAAGGCUGAUAUGGAUGGCAAAGCGAUCCGGACUGGUAACAAUUGUAAUGUUUUAUAAACUUUUUUUCUCAAUCUAUUUGUCCACUUUAUACAGAGACAUAAAAAACUAUUGUUUUUUUUUACAAAAAAAAAAUUAUGAGAGUUUGAUAAUAUUAUUGUCAAUCUUUAAUUGAUCAUAUUAAAUGCAUUUAAUAGUUUUCUAUUGUUAGUCUUAUCGAAAUUUUCAUAACAAGACAUUAGAAAUGGUGUGUCCUCGUGCUCGUAUAAAAGUCUAUUUGUGAAUUAUCCUACCCUACUUUCACCCUACCUCUAAUCUACUCCUACCCUACCCUACCCUACUCCCAACCUACCCCUGCCCUACACUACUCUACUCCCUACCUCUAAUCUACCCCUACCCUACCCUAAGUAUCCUAUGUCCGUCUCCUGGCUCUAAGCUACCUCUCCACCAAUUUUCAGCCAAAUCGGUCCAGCCAUUCUUAAGUUAUAAAUAGUGUAAGUAACACAACUUUAUAAUUUAUUUUAUUUAAUUAUAUAUAUUCGAGUUAUAUUAUUACUCUGUGGUUUGAGUUUGCAGAGUGUUUCCACACGAUAAGGAAGAGCGUAGUAUCCGUAACUAUUUUUAUAUUUUCGAAAGAGCUUGUAAACUAAGUUUGUUUGAAAUAAAUGAAUUUUGACUUUGACUUUAUAGCCUGGCAAGUUCAUUGAUGACACUCCCAUGAUAUGCGGGCGACUGGGGGAAGGACUGCGGGAGUGUGAAGUCGUAGUCGAGUCGUAGCCUCCUGGCCCGCGCGGGCCAUCGGGAGUGUUGCGAACGAAUUUGCCAAGCUAUACAGUUCGUUUGUGUAGUUGAAGUGACGCCAUUUCUAAUGCUUUGUUUUUGAGAUUACGUUGGUUAGUAUGUGUAUUAUGGUGUGAAAUGUAUUGGUACUUGAAUGAGUCAUUAUCAUUAAGUAUAAAUGCGUCCUAGACGAUUAGCUUAGUGUAAAGAACUUUGUUUUUAAAGUUAUAUUGUGUAAUUUUGGCAAAGCAUCGCAUUAUCUAUCUAAUUAUAGAAACAGUCGUGAUAUAUCACAACUAUUUUUAAAUUAUAAAUACAGUGAAAGCUCCUUAUUCGCGAUUCUUGGAACGUACCUCCUGAAAUUCUAUACAAAUUAUUAUUUUGUAUUCGCGGCAUAUGCCCACGAAUAUGGAGCGUUUAGUGUGCUAAAAAAACUAUCACCACAAUAUUCUGUGUACCAGGUGUUAAGUUAUAGAAUUGGAUGACGCCGUCCAUUCCAGGAAUGGAAUGAACAGACUGGAUAAUUAGACUGGAAUUAUGUGAAACGGAAGUAUAUACUGAAUGUAUUUAUGUCAUAUUAUAAGGCUGGUCCCGUAGUUUAUAGUUGAAUCAAUAGUUUAGUUUACAAUUACUCGUGAUUUUAAUAAAUGUACCUAACGGAAUUCACUUUUGAAGGGCUUGAAUUGGAAAUUUUCGUACGUAGUGCUGAGCGCAGCUAGUUGGCCGCGUUUCAUGGUUCUAAAAGCUUUUGAUUUCUUUUGAUUUUAUAAAAACUAUUUAUUUGUCAGAGCCAUGCUCCUACUACAGGCGGGUAUGGUAGGCAAUUAUGGGGUUGUGCCAGAUACCCUUAAAGUUUCAACUUUUAGGUGUUUUGCGAAACUUUAAUUUAUUAACGACUGGGGAUAUGAUUUUUAUCAUAUUAUGCUUUAGCUAUGAUCAUAAAACAACAUUUUCCUUGAACCAACAACGUGCUAAAAACAGCUGGUUAGUAACAACUUUUGGUAAACUACCCUCCUCCCAACUUGUAUUAAUAAAUAUUGCUUAAUAAAUAGUUAUACAACUUAACAGCCACAAGGUCCUACAAAUUGCGAACUUUCUGAAAAUUAACUUGAUAGUAAACACUUGUAAGUUCCACGGAUCCCGGGCUAGAAGUUUUGAAUCUCUCCAAAGAACCAACUAAACAGCAUUGGCCAAUUAAUCAAACUGAGAACAAGAAAUGGUAACUGUUUACCAUUCCCAAAACAAUAAUUCUUCGGAGACAAUUUAUAUUGAACCAACAAUUUGUAUCCGUUGUUUUUGAAUUUGAAUCCUGGACUCCAUGUUGAAAACAUUUUGGUACAGGUCUGGUGAACUGGCAAUAAUGUACCUAAGCUAUUCAACGUUAACGUUCCGGUAACAUGUCAUGUGGAAGUCAAUCAAUACUUUUGCCCUUGAUUCGCAAUUCCUUUUCAGCGCCCUUCUACUAAGAGCCAGUUCUCAGGUGCGCAGGCGCGGCAAAGCAGCGUUUACUCUCAAACUAUUAUUGAUAUUGAAACAAAGUCGAAAAUUAACUAACCUAUUCGGUCGUCGCUAGAAGUCAAAUUUUCUAGAAACACAAUUAUCGUGUUGAUAGAUUUUAUUUGUUUCAACGCUAGAAAUGUCAAUAUUAUACGCAAAUCACUUAGACGAGUCUUCGCCCGCGUGGUUUUGGUGUGCGGGGAGUUAUAGGAGAGGAUGGACGGGGAGAUGACAAAAAACAUCAGGAGGACGGAAGCAAGCGGCAAGCACAUUCUUCAAUUACUUACAGGCGCGCGUGCUUCCAUUCGCACCGCACCUCUACUGCGCUGACGAAGACUCAAUAUAGUAGGCGAGCCAGGGAUGCUAAAUUUGCAGUUACUCGUGCGUCAUGAAAGAAUAAAUGGUUAUUUUCUUUUUUCGCUUUUAGCGGUGGAAAAAAAACUAGACUUUUAAAGCAGUUUUUAUUACUUUGGCCUAGUGAAAUUGUCAGAAAAUUUUAGCGAUUAAUUAGGAGGUUAUUUCCUUCAAAAUAAGUAAAAAAUUAACCGCACUCGUAACUCGAGAACUAAAAUAUAAGGGUUUUAUUUUGUAACUUUGAAAUCCAUCACAUUACGCUCUAAUCAUCAGAUUUUCGAAAUGUGCAGUUUUUGGCUAUCAAUCCCUUAGGUUUAUCUGCCGCGCUCGAGUAACUGCAAAAAUCCCGUAUUCGGCUCCUCUACUAAAGCUGCGCCGCGUCAAAUGUGCGCUGGCUCUUGGUCUAUCUUCAUUAUUGUUAAGAUAUCUGUCAAGUGCGAACUUGUAAUCGAAUUAAAAUGUUCCUGUCAAGUUAUCACAUCGAUGUUACCAUAAGUAUAAUAAUAGUGCGCGCAUACGGUGACGGUCAUGUCGCAGUGACGUAGUACUAUAGCGAAAUUUUUUCACCACCAUUGUAGUAUGGAGGAUAAAAGUAUGCAAGUUAAGAAAUUGACCAUAGGUCAAUUUAAUUUGACCAGAACAACAAACCUCGUGCGAGAAAAAGAAAAUAAUUUAUUUUACUAGCAUUCUAACUACAGAUUAUAAAAAAGUGCUUGUGCAAAAAUGUUUUUAUUUCUGGUCACAUAGUAAUUUGUACAUGCAACUCUUAUUCAUCCAAAAGCCUGUCAGAAUGGUGAUUAUAGCAGCUGUUAGAAAUCUCUUCAACUCCAAGUAAAUUUUGUAAAUAUAGAAUUAAGUAAUUUAUUUUGGAUAAUUUUUCUUAUAGAGAUAGAUGAAUCUUCUUACCUAUUUACAUUGAAACCUAAAAUUGGGAAAUUUUUGCUUGUAAGGACAAAGCUACAGAGUGCAAAAAUCAUUUAACAUUGACUACGAUUGAUACGUCUAUCGCUCCUGCUCGUCACCGUAUGCCUUCCUUAAGAUAACAAUUUAUAUUUAAUAUGUAUAUCGGCAAUGUUUGAGACUGUUAUUAUCUAUGUAAUACUUACUCGAGAGAAAUUAAUUGAUUUUUAAUUCGGAAUAAAGAAUUUUGGUCGUUAUCGAGCUUUUGGUCUGCCAAAAAAUGUGAUAAUUAAAAAAAAAUGAGGUUUACUUCAAUAAAUAGUUUAGCAUUCGUAAUAUCAUCGGCGUUUUUCUGUUUGCAUUUUCCGAUUUAUUUUAAACCCAUUUCAUAGAAUUAAAUACUUGUAGAGCUUACUGUGCUGUGGGAGACAAACAUUUCGAAGGACCACGGUAUAAAAGUGAAUACAUAUUACGACCUAACAAAUGAACUAACUAAAGAUAGCAUUGUGGUUAGUUUUAGGCCGUACAAGUGGGUGCGAGAGCAUUACCACGAAAAUCUCUAUAACUUGCUUAGAGAUCUCUUGCUUGGCCUCUCUUGAACUGAAGCAAAUUCUAUAUUAAAACGGGCGUCCAAAGCACCAAAUUUGGCUAGUAAAAUAUUUAAAAAUUACCAUCUCUGAAAAUAAUGAAGACAAGUCAUCACGAGGCCAAUAAGGUCAAUAUGGAAGGCCGUCCUGAAAUGCACUUAUAAAAACGCCGACGAUAUGUUAGUUUAUAUCAUUGACUGAUCGUGAUCUCUAUCUCGCAAUGAUCUCAAUCAGGUGCUAAUUCGGUUCUACAAAACCCCUAUCUGAACUAUACUAGUAGUAGUAAAGAGAUAUAAAGGCAAUGUAAAAAAAUGCCUUCAAAGAACAUUCCUUUAGUGCUGUCUGUCAGUCUACUUUCAAUCGCUUACCAUCAUCCAAAGCUCAACAGAGCUGCAAACUAUUUUUUCCACUAUACGCGAAAUUCCUGCUAUGUUCGAAAACACUACGUUUUGUGGGUCUACUGCAAAAAUUGUUCGCCAAAAACUCUCAACUUAGUUCCAAUAUAGUGGGUAUCUUAAGCAAAAGUUUAAGUUGGUAUAUGUUCGUCAAGAGUAAUUAUGAAAUGGUUGUAUUUUUUUUAACCCUCAAAGUUUGGUCUAUGUACAACUGAAUUAGCACCCACACGUAUAACUUCAUAGAGGCGUUUAUGAACUUCUGUGUUUGAUGUCAGUUGCAAUUUUAAAGAAUUACGUAAUUUUCAAGAAAGGUGCACCGUUAAGGAUGAUUUACAUUAUGAUAUGAUAAGAUAUAUAAAUAACACAUUUCUUUUUUAUUUUUUCCGAAUAGCUGAUAUUAUAAAACCUUUAUAAUCAUGAAUGGAAUGUUGGAAAUUUUUCGGGAAAAAUGGUUUAUUAAUAAAAAAAAAUAUAUACGGUCGAAUUGGGAAACCUCCUCCUUUUUUGAAGUCGGUUAAAAAUGCUGAGCUAUCAAAUCUGUGCAGCAAAAAUAACAAGUCUGUGCAGUGACCAAUAUUUCCAUUCCCCUCCAACUAGUCGGAAAAGAUUGUGUUUCGAGUGGUAACGUAGGGCGGAGAUCGAACUAAAAAACCUCUUGAUUGAGUCUGAUCUCUUUUACUGAUUGAUCAAUUCAAAAUAAUUAAUAAAAAUUAAGGAGAUUUUUUUUUAACAAAACGCCAUCACUACGGUGCACCUCAUUACAUUAAGUUCAUAGUGUUUUCUUUUGUUUAUGGUGCACGCUUAUAUAUUGUAACUUACUACUGAUAUUAUUUUGUUACUGGUUUUAUGUAUAUUUUACUACUUACAAUAGGUAUCCUAUAAUGUAUACUAUGCAAUACUUUGAUACAAAUAAAAUCCAUUUUAACAUACA